AUGGCCAUCUACGCUGAGCUGCUCAGUCAGGCCUGCUCCCAGCAGCUUGAAAAGGAGGUUCCUUCCAUUGUGGUUCCACCCUCCCCAUCUAAAUCGUACACCUGGAGGUAUAAGCCAAAAGUGGUUGUGGUUGGCCCUGAGCCAUCGCCAUGCACUCCCCCUCCUGAGUGGACAGUUGUUGGACAAGGCCGAAAGGAAUUGGCCAUGGACCUCUACGCACACCCGGCGAUCUCCCAGAGGUCCACGGCUGGUUCAACCGGAGUCGGAAACCUGCUGCCCGACAGAGAAGACACCGACGCCAGAGGGUGGUCAGGGCAGCAGCUGGAGAAGUGA